GCUUUUCAUUAAUAUUGUGUGAAGGAUACCACAUUGGUGAUCUAAUCAUUGCACUUUGCAUAUUGAAGUAGGUAGUUCAUCAAUAUUCUUAGAAGUAUGACAACAGUUUCAAUUACUGGGUAUUAACAGUUUAGGUGGCUUACAUACCUGAAUGAUUAUUUGCCUCAUUUCCAAUAUUAUAUCCCUACAAAAUUGUGCCUAUAUCAGUGAUCAAGCUAAUGAUGAAUAUACCAUUAGAAAAAAAAUAUGGAAAAGGGUGUGGACCUGUCCAACAUAAUUAAGGACUUAUCUCUUAGUUCUGGUGACAACCAUUUGGUGUCAGAGACCAUCACCAAGCUUAAGGAACUGGUAGCUAAUAAAAAUUACAAUGAAGAUGAGUUAUUACAGGAGUUGGAGGUUUUAAAAUCUGAAUGUAGCAAAGACAUAGCACAUAGAGUAAGAGCAGGCAAGGAGGGAGCUUAUACUUUGCUAUUGAACCUCCUUUAUUCCAAACAUAGCAAGUUAUAUGAAGAACUAAGUGACAGAGAUACAAAGUUUAUAACAAAAGUGUUGGAGUGUUUAGUAGCUUUAAUGGAUAUGCAACCUGAUUUACUUGAUGCAAAAGGUGUUGAUUUGAUUAAAAAUAUUCUAGACAACAUAGAAAAUGAAGAUAUAAUUAUAGCAACACUAAAAUGGACCACAACAUGCUGUGUCAAACACGAGAUGAACAGACAGAAGCUGUUCGCGAAAAACAUUGGAGAGAACUUGAAUUUGUUGCUCAAAGUAGCUGGGAAUGAAAAGCUUCUAAGCGAAUGUCUCCAAGUAAUCCGAAAGAUGACAUUGGACGAUGACGUCAGAGUUGAGUUCGGUAAAGCUCAUGAUCAUGCGAAAGAGUUGGGCGCACAGAUGUUGGUACCGCUUACUAACUUACUGAAAGAGAACACCCAGCCGCCCCUGGUAUCAGAGCUCAUGCUGACCAUAGCGAGCCUGCUCGUCCGCCAUGAGCUAUGUAAGCUGGUAGCGGACUGCGGUGUGGGAGUACUGUUCACGGUGCUCGCCGACAACUACGACAACGUGGCCGUCGUGCAACAGGCUGACAAACUAAUUACUGCGUUGGCCGGAAAUGACGAUGUGAAAAGAGAUUUAGUUAAAAGCGGAAUCAUACCGAUAGUUGUAUCGAUCUUAAAUAGACAUUCGAGUAACCCCACAGCUACAGCGUUAACCCUGAAGUGUAUAGCGGCUCUGUCCCUGCGCGAGUCGGCUCACGGCCUGCAGUUCAUAGAGAGCGGCGCGCCUGAAGCCAUCGUCGACUGUAUGAAGGUGCAUCCCGAUAAUGCCAGUGUACAGAAAAACGCCUGCUGGGCGAUCCGCAACAUGGUAGCAAGAUGUCGUGAACACAACUCCAAGUUUCACGAGCUCGGCGUGGAGUCGAUCCUCAACAGCGCCUACGAGAAGUUCGCGAACGAUUUCGGCUUCGACAUCAAGUCGGCGCUAAGGGACUUGGAGUGCGACGUCAAGUUGGACGAACAGUGGACCGGGAAAGGUGUGCCCAGUGAGACGUCCAGUGUUUGUUCUGAAACUUGGACCGCAUUGGAGUACCUCCCAGAGACAAGCCUCAAAGCGUUCUGAGGUUUGUUUGUAGAUUGGAUACUUUGUCAAAUUGUUGAGUACAGUAUUAUUAUUGUGAAGAAAUUUGUUGUUAUUGUUCGAUUUGGUUGCUUUAUCGCUCAAUGCAAUGCUAAAUGUUUUUCUCUAUUGCUGAUUAAAAUAUUUCCAUACCUUAUUAUUUCUUUAUCGUAUAGGUAUCUAAAAGGAGAAUUAGGUAUUUGACUAAAAGAACAAUUAGACCGUCAAAUGGAUACGUGAUACUUUUUUUCUUGUAUCGCGUAAAUAAAACGCUAAGGUGUGACGUCACUUAUCAGUACACUUUUUACCGACUUCCAUGGUUUUAUUAUAAAAGUACUAUCCAAUAUUUUUUAGAAAGCCACCUAACGGACUAAUCAUUUUUUAGUAAUAGUAAUAGUAAAAAUAGUUUAUAAAUUCCUUUAUAUUCAGUUAAAAAAGGUUGUAUAUUGACUUGUGUAAACUAACUAAAUAUGCAAUUCUCGAUACUAAAACCAUACUCAUGAGCUUUAACGACAAUUGUAAGCUUAAUGCAUUCCAUGGGCAAUCUUGUAAUUUUAAAUAUCUUCACCCAAUGUACGUUGUUUAUAUUGAGUAAAAACACCCACAGAUGGAAUUUAUUGUAAAUUACAUUGAAGCUUAAAUUUAUACACUAACAUAUUAGACAUACGAGCUAUUUUGUAUUGAAAAUAAAUUAAUACAUUUCUAACUAGCAUUUCACUGAACCGUCUAAUAAGUUGUUGAUAGGUUGUGAUUAUUUUAAUUUUGUAUUGUAAACACUAUUGUUAUAUGCUGGGCUGGCAUGACUAUCAUACAAUGACAGAUGAUAUCUAUCCUUAUCAAAUUUAGGCAGUAUUUGUUCUUUUUUGACAUAACAAAUACUAUAUAGCGUCCUCUGACUGUACUGUCUAGCUUAGAAAAGUUGUAUUAAGAGAACUAAAUAGCUGACAAAAUACCGAUUUUUAACUAUAUGCUCAUUACACAAAUAUUUGUCCUUAUUGGGAAUCCUAUUCUCGAAUUCCAUGGUAGCAUUCAAAUGCCGAUUUACAAUCUGUAUACAUUAAAUACAACGUUUUAGCGUUUAAACCAGUCCAGCAUGCAUAAGAGAUAAGUUAUUUUGAAAUAUGUAACACAAGGUGCUUAAUAAAACACAAUUUUAUAAAAA